AUGGCUACUGCGCAAGCCCAGACGUACGCUCCGACCAAGGUCGUCAAGAGUGACUACCCGCUCAUCGACAACGAUCCUCACUUUAAGAGAGUUAUUGGCUAUGCCCGGCCUUCGGACUAUCUCCACGGAGCCGUAGCUGCCGCCUUCGGUCCCGCAGCUCUCCUCACCCUCGAGAAGUUCGCUCCUUCCCAUGUCGGCAAGGGAGGCAUGGCCCAGGCCAUGCGACUGGCUGGUGCCGUUGGCUUGGCUGGAGGCUUCCUCUACUUCUACCAACGCUCGAGCUUACGAUUCUAUGGGGCUACUGAAAACGCACGUGAGGUUGAAAUGGAUAUGAAGGAGAUGGUGGCAAAGGUCAAGGCUGGCGAGCCGCUUUACGGAGCGAGCAGGCUCACACCCCACAUGCAAGGUGUCGCCGCGCGGCAGUCGAGGUAUUCGGCCUUGUUCAUGGGUGUCGUACCCUGGUUUAACUUUGUCAACCAUAACCAGCACGGCGUCGACACGGCCAAAUACUAUCAGCAAGCUGAAAGAGAGCUUGAGGCUGAGCGUUUGCAGAAUAGCAGCUCAUGA